UGAAAAAGUGCGUGAAUACCUUAUGGAAUGGAAUAUGUUAUCAAGACCAGCUCAUUGGCUUAUCAUUGAAACACUUGAGUAUGCAUUAUCAUACGUAGUUCUGUCGUACUUUGAUUCGACUUUUUAACUAUUUCAACAUACGAUAAAGUUAAACAAUGCGACGCAACUAUAAUAGUGGCAGAUCUUCGAUAACGUCUCACAUAGACAUGUAAAAAACAAAAGGACAACUUUAGAAUAUUGGAUUAUUAUAAAACAUAAGUGAAAUAAUUAAAACCAAAUUUAAGUGAUAACAUAUACAUUGAAAAUAAUAUUGAAAAUAGUUUUGAGUCGAAAAUAUCGUUUUUAUCGGAGUAUUUUUGGAUGAAUCAAACAUGGAUAAAUUUUUAGGAGUCCUGGGAUCGGUUGGUAAAAUUGAGAAAAGGUUGGACAAUGACCGCGUUGACAGACUGAACUACAGAUACACCAUGAGUCUACUGGCAAUAUUUGCCCUUGUUGUCACUACUACCCAAUACGUCGGUAAACCAAUGACAUGUUGGACGCCUGCCGAAUUCAAGGACCAAAUGACCAAAUAUACCGACACUUGGUGCUGGACCAAGGGCACAUACUACCACCCAAUGGAGGAAGUCGUCCCAAGAGAGAAUGAGCCCAGAAUGUUCGAAGUUGCGUAUUAUAUAUGGGUUCCCCUGUUUUUGAUGAUACAAGCAUUAUUGUUCUACAUUCCCAUCAAAAUUUGGUACAUCUUUAAUAACCGGACGGGUUGCGAUAUGAACACUGUCGUCAAAACUGCUGCCAAACUCGGAGAAGUCGUACAGGAUAAGAGAGAAGUGUAUCUUAAAUACCUUGUGCGUUACAUUGAUAACUAUUUAACAAAGAAUAGAGAUAACACCCGAACGAGCAAAAUUGUAAGAAUUCAAAGAUUCCUGUCGCAGAAACUCUGCUGUAUAUGCUGUGGCAAACGCACUGGUAGUUUCAUGUGGACGCUCUACAUGCUAGUGAAAGUCCUGUACAUCAUUAAUGUCAUCGGUCAGCUGUUUAUUCUGAAUGUCUUCAUUGGUUCCAAUUACCACGUGUAUGGCUUUGAAGUGAUGAAGGAUCUGGCUCAGGGUAACGACUGGAGAACUUCCCCCGUCUUCCCCAGAGUUACACUAUGCAGCUUCAAAAUGAGAGUUUUAGGUAACGUCCACAGACACACCUUUCAAUGCGUUCUUCCAGUGAAUCUUUUCAAUGAGAAAAUCUACAUUUUUAUUUGGUUCUGGUUUGUGUUUGUCGCCGCUGCCACGUGUCUCAAUUUCCUCAGUUGGUUACUUAAAUCACUCAGUUCCACAAGGAGAGCGUUCUUCAAAAAGCACCUUGUCUGGAUGGGACGCCUUCAACCAAACGGCAACUCAGAAUCAGACAAAAAACUUUACCGCAUGUUCACAGAGAAGUACUUGCGCCCAGAUGGUUACUUGAUAAUGCGUUUCAUUACGGUUCAAUGCUCGGAGUUUGUUGUAUCUGACAUUGUUGCAGCUUUAUGGGAUAAUUAUAAACGCAUACAUCCAUUGAAAGAAGGACUCCUGGAGUUUGAAGAGGACGAGAAAAACUCAGAUAAAGAUAUGUAA